AUGGCAAAAUCCUCCCCGCUCCAAGUGACAAUUCUCCCCGCCACAGAGGCGGACUGCCUCGCCUUGGCACAAAUCGAGUCAAUCGCCUUCAAUAGUAGCAGUAGCAAUAGCAGCAACGACGCCAACGACAGCCAUCCUUCUUCUUCGAGUCUAGGACACGUCAUGUUCGGCCCACCCAGCGCCGAAGGCCAGGCGUUCCGAGCCAAAGACAUCGGAGAGAAGAUGCGGACUGAUCCGACGCUGAAGGUCUGGAAGGCUGUCGUUGACGUUGACAAAAACGACGAUGAAAAAGAAGAGGAGGAGGAGGAGCAACACAAGAAAAUCGUCGCAUGGGCCGCAUGGCACUUCUAUUGCGAUCCUUGGCCCGGCCAGGAAUGGCAGGAUAGGGAAUGGCCCGGUGCGCGCAACCCGCAGGCUUGCAACGAUUUCUUUGGGACGAUUGCCCAGAAGAGGAGUCAGUAUAUGGGAGGGAAGAGAUAUGCCUUACUCGAAGUCCUCGUAACUCUGCCCCAGUACCAAAACAGCGGCAUCGGAUCGCGCCUGAUCCAGACUGGUCUGCGCCUGGCUGAACACGACUUUGGUCUCGUCCACGCCUGGCUGGAGGCAUCGGCCGAGGGAUACCCGUUGUACAGGAAGUUUGGGUUCCGGGAUGUCGAUUCCAUUGUUAUGGAUUUGAACAAGUACGGCGGGACGGGGUCGACGAGGCAUCCAAGUGUCCUUCCUCAUGAUAUGAUAAUUAUCUCUCCGAGAAUCAUGGCGACGACGGAAAAGAUCAUUAUGCCGCUAAGCCCACUUCCCAAGAAGAGCCAUCAGGCCCGCCCCCAGCAACACGCAGCCGAUCAUAAACGCCAACCGUCUUCGAUCCUUCGUCCGGUCGGCGUCGAACAGGAAAUCCCUUGCCAGCAACUCCACCAACCCCGUGUAGAUCAGGAUCCCCGCGGAGAUGGAGUCCAGCACGCCGGAGACGAUGUUGGCCGUGUUGGAGUUGGGGUUGUACGUGUUGCGCACGCCGAGCCCGAUGGCGAUGGCGAUGGGCGUCGUCAGGCCGUACGCCAGACACAGCAGCCACGGCAGCCAGCUGUUGCGUCUGAACGGGAUGGUGGACAUGCGCGCGCCGACGCCCAGUCCCUCGAAGCUCUGGUGGAAGACGAGCACGGGGUACAGCGUGGCGAACUCGUCGCCAACAACGCCCAGGUUCAGCCCGAUGAUGACCGAGUGGAACAUGACGCCGAAUUCCAGGAUCAGGAAGGCGGCGAUCUGCUGGCGGAAGGACCUCUCUGCCACGGCGCUGUCGAUCUCUUGCGCGUUCCAGGCGGCCUUUUGGCUGUCGCUCGAGGGCAGAGGAUUCGCCUCCUUGGCUGUCGAAGAAGGAAGGUGAUGCUCAUGACCGCCGUGGUGGAGGUGAAGGACAUUUUGGACGAUGACGCCGCGGUCGUCCUGCUUGACGAUGCCGUACUUGGCCUCGACGUACAGCUCUGCGGCAAAGUCCAUGAGGAAGAUGACGACGAUGGAGGCGAGCACGAUGGCAGGAACCCACGAGUAGUCGGCCCAGUGGCCGGUCAUGCCGACGCAGGUGUCGGGGCCGAUCUCACUGUAGGCCGGGUCGAGCAGGUGGACGAAGGCCGUGGCGAUGAUGACGCCGGUGCCGAAGUACCGGGCAAAGAGGUAGACGUAGACGGGGAUCUUGAGCGAGGGAACCCGCUGCGCGACGACGGGGAAGAAAGUGGUCGCGGUGGAACAGACUAG